GUGGGUGGGAGAGCGACGCUGCUGCGGUGCCAUCUUGGUAAAGGGCGGAAGGUUUCCUGAGCGGCGUAGGCGAGCGAGGCGCGACACCUGGCAACGGGCGGCUGGGGGACGGAGACCGGGACCGGGACCGGGACCGGGACCGGGACAGGUGUCCGUGGGAUGAGCCACCUGCUGCCCUGCGCCACGCUGACACUCAUGGGACUGCUCCUCGCCAGGACGAUGGCCUGGACUUCCAGCGGAAAGACGCACCCCGAGCUGGUCAACAACCUCUACAAAAAAGGAAUAAUUAAAUCCCAGCGGGUCUUCGAUGUGUUACUGGCUACUGACAGAGGCCACUACAUCAAAUAUUUCCCAUACAUGGAUUCUCCUCAAUCUAUCGGAUACAAGGCUACAAUCAGUGCACCACAUAUGCAUGCCCAUGCACUGGAGUUGUUGAAGGAUCAGCUUGUGGAAGGUGCAAAAGCACUGGACGUCGGAUCCGGGAGCGGAUACCUUACAGCUUGCUUUGCCAGGAUGGUAAGCUCACGGGAUUCCAGCCCUAGUGAGCAAGAGGCACCAGAGCAGAUGGGCCCAACAGGGAAAGCCGUGGGUGUGGAACACAUUAAAGAGCUGGUGAACGAAUCCAUCAGAAAUGUCCAAGAAGACGAUCCGACUUUGCUCAGCUCUGGCCGUGUAAAACUUUUGGAGAUGGCAGGCAGGGAUACCCCGAGGAGGCUCCUUACGAUGCUAUUCACGUCGGGGCAGCAGCACCAACAGUACCAAAGGAGCUGCUGAAUGAACUGAAGCCGGGAGGUCGGCUGAUACUGCCCGUGGGUCCUGAGGGUGCGAACCAAGUCCUGAUGCAAUACGACAAAACCAGCGACGGGGAGAUCGUCGAAACCCAGCUGAUGGGUGUGAUCUACGUUCCUCUGACGGAUAAGGAAAAGCAGUGGCCUCGGUAAACACUCGCAGCGUUUCUCCUCUCCACCCCGUGGGCUUGCUCUCCUUGAGUGCUGGCUUUGCUGACAGAUCCCUGGAUUCCUAGCAGCUGCUGUUUGUAAAGGACCGAAGGAAGAGGCUAACUAGUAGGCACAUCAGGGGAGCAGGAUGCGUUUUCUAUUAGCCAGGGAUCGCAGACUGAGGACUCGAGCCUUUUUUUUGUUGUUGUUGUUUUUUGGAGCCUCUGCACGUUCAUAAACGCUGCAGCUGUGUCGAUUCUGUCGCUGAGCCGAAGGCAAAUGCGUGACAGUAACUGCUGGUUUUUCUUUGCCUCAGGGACGAAUUCUGACAGCGGGAUGGAUAUCUCUAAGGUCACCUCAGAAAGCUCACGGACGGGACUCGGACGGCCUGCAUGGCUUUGCUUUUUGAGCGGGAGCUCUGGCAGUGGCUGCGCUCGCGAAGGCGAGCGCUGCUUCAACAGAGCUCGGGACGGAGAAAAGGCUGCGUCUUGGGCAGAGCCGGGUCUGGCCGCGGGGCUUUGAUCCGGCCGAGCCCAGCCCCAGGUGACUCCUGUAGAGAGCUGCAGGGGCAGGCGGGCUCACACCUCCCCGCAGCCACCCCCUAACAGCGACCCUCUAACGCUUGGAGAAUAAACAAGGCGCCCUUACCGGCUCGGGGCACGGUGCUCUGACCGAGCUCA